AUGACUUCGCAAAAUACUCGGCAAAAUAAUAAUGACCGUCGCUGUCGCCUGUGCCACUCCGAACAUAAUUUGAUCCAAAUGUUCAGGAACGGGAAAAAAACUCAAAGUAUAACCGACUAUUUUCGAAAGGUGACAUGGAAUGUAAUUGGGAUUAAGAUUGAACCUAUUGACCAAGCAACUUCUGUGUGUUUUGACUGCCUAUUGGACCUACACAAUUUCUAUUUCUUCAAAUUCAUUUGUCUUGAGAAACAAAAGGAAAAUGGAACGGAUGAACCAGAUAAUGCAAAAAGACCGAAGCUCGAUUAUACAUCAGUUGAGAAUGUUCCUACGCCCAACAGAGACAAAUUUGACGAAAUUUUUAAAUGGUUGGACUCGAAAGGCGCGAAAAAAGUGACAACAGUGGAGGAUGCAUCUUCACAAACUUCAAAUAAUGUCACUCUGGAUGCUUUUACACAGAGUGAACCGAAACCUUUGACUCAUAACUCAAGCCAAACAGACAAACCAAUUACAAAAAACAGAAAAAUACAGACUUUGUUUAGAGGUAAGCACAUGUCUACACAAUGUGAAUCUGAGAACGUCGCAACAGAAACCAAAGCCUCUAAAAUUCAAAAUUUAUCAAGUUAUUUAGCCAAUAAUGACCAUUUUAUUCCAGAAAUAGUUAAUGAAAACAAAUUUUUGCAAGCUGAUAAAUUAAAAAGUAAUUUUAAGUUUAUGCAAUUUGAUAAAAAAACUGAAGAAAACAAAUAUUCACAGACAACAAAUAUUGUUGCUGGGCAGUCUGCAAAACCUUUUGAGACAUUUGAGCUUGCUUCUAGUCAUAAAGUAGAUAAAACAUGUCAAACCGAAUCAGAAAUGCUGUCUGCUGAAACGCAGAACAAGGAAAUUCAAACAGAUCCUUCUGGAAAAAAAGCUAUUAGUGUCCAAUGUGAUAUUUUCAAUGUUCCUCGGAGUACACGGCGGUCCCAAAGAAAAAUCCACCAGUCGCCAGAAAUUAUUAUUAAAGUAGAAGAUUCAGACGUAGGAAUUCCAAUUUCAAAAAUCCCUGAUGAAAUCCCUAUGGAAGUUGAUUCACGUUCGGAAUCUGAUUUGGUACUUGUUAAAGGGGAAUCAUCAGUUCAUGUUUGUAACACCUGCUCUGAAAUUUUAAAUUCCAAAAAAGGACUUACGAUGCAUAUUCGUAGGGCUCAUAGAUAUUGCCCUUUGUGUAAAAUGAAUCUAAAAAGUGUAGAACAAGCCAAAACGCAUGGAAAAAUGUGCAAACUUAAAAGAGGGACUUUUGUUAAAAUGGAAAAGGUCGAACAUGUACCUGGUAGUAAAGAAAAGUAUCCAAACGUAUUCGAGUAA